CAACUUGCAGAAAUUCAGCCCAAACGCUGUGUCCUCUAAUGACCUCACAUCCUGUUUUCCCACUUCCUUCUGAAUGGACCGGUUUGGGACGGUCCGGUCCCAGCGCAGCGUGGAUCUGUGGUGUGUCGGCGCGCUUCCUCAGACACAUGUAGUUCAGAUAGUCAGUGUUCACAGGCUGCAGAAAACUUUUAACACAACGAUCCGACCAUGCACCGUGUGACUCAGUGACAGAGCAGAGGAGGCACUGUUGUUGAACGUCUGACAGAAUGAAGAUGAGAGAGGUGAAGAUAAUAAACAAGGGCCUGGAGGAUGAGAUGGAGGUGUGGGGGUACCGGCCCUGUCUGUGGAAGAUGAUCCUGGUGGGCGUAGGUGCUGUUUGCUCCUGUGGUCUCCUGCUGCUGCUGCUCUAUUGGCUGCCUGAGUGGGGCGUCAAGGGCACCUGCACACACACCUCGCUGAGGGACGCGCACACACUGCUGCUCAGGACCACAGAUGAGUUCAGGCAGUGGUUUCGAGCCAAAGUACAUGUGAUGUUGGCUCCGGGAAAGAAACCCUUCGACAGCUUGGAUCUGCAGCCCACGGCUCAGCUGCCGAACGGAGACGGAGACCACAGCGUCAGCGCUGUGCACGAGGAGCAUCAUGGGAAAUUUGCUGAGAGGCAGAAUGCUCAGAUCCACUACUUCACCCACCACAGCACUAAAUACUACUGGGAUGAUGAGACACAGAACUUUGACACGUAUAAAGGCCUGGAGGAUGUGAAGCUGAGCUGUUCAAGUGUUCACUCUGACCACAGCUCUGGACUUUCUAAAACACUGCAGGACUACAGGAGGUUGUUUUUCGAGGAGAAUGAGAUCGCUGUGAGAGUGCCCUCUCUAUUCAAGCUCCUCAUAAAGGAGGUCCUGAAUCCUUUCUACAUCUUCCAGCUCUUCAGUGUUAUUCUGUGGAGCGCAGAGGACUACUACUACUACGCCACAGCCAUAGUGUUCAUGUCUGUCAUUUCAAUAGCUACCUCACUGUAUACCAUUAAAAAGCAAUACGUGAUGCUACAUGACAUGGUGGCAGCACACAGUGUGGUCCGUGUUUCGCUGUGCAGAGGAAGUAAAGAUAUUGAAGAGGCCAUGUCGACGGAGCUUGUGCCCGGUGAUGUCGUCAUCAUUCCAGCCAAUGGGAUGAUCAUGCCCUGCGACGCCGUGCUCAUCCAUGGAACCUGUAUUGUAAAUGAGAGCAUGCUGACAGGAGAGAGCGUGCCGGUUACCAAGACCAGUCUACCCAGUUUAGGUGAGGAUGCAGCCGGGAGCUAUAAUAUAGAGGAGCAUAAGAGACACACCCUGUUCUGUGGCACCCACGUGAUCCAGACGCGCUUCUACACCGGUGAACUGGUGAAGGCUGUUGUGGUCAGAACAGGCUUCAGCACAGAGAAAGGCCAGCUCGUGCGAUCCAUCCUCUACCCCAAACCCACAGACUUCAAGCUGUACCGCGAUGCGUACCUGUUCCUGCUGUGUCUGGUGGGGGUGGCAGGGAUCGGCUUCAUCUACACCAUCGUCCUCAGUAUAAUGAACAAGGUUCCAGCUAAAACCAUCAUCAUUGAAUCUCUGGACAUCAUCACCAUCACUGUGCCGCCGGCCUUACCGGCGGCCAUGACAGCCGGUAUUGUGUACGCGCAGCGGCGUUUGAAGCGCGUCGGCAUCUUUUGCAUCAGUCCCCAGAGGAUCAACAUGUGUGGUCAACUUAACCUGGUUUGCUUUGACAAGACUGGUACUUUGACUGAGGAUGGCUUGGACCUGUGGGGUAUUCAGAGAGCUGAAGAUGGCAGCUUUUCUCCGCCAGAGUCUGACGCAGCGAAAGAGAGUCUGGUGAACUCCGCCUUUGUGGCCUGCAUGGCGACCUGCCACUCGCUGACCAAGAUAGAGGGCGAACUCUCCGGGGACCCUCUAGACCUCAAGAUGUUCAGCGCCACAGGCUGGAUCCUAGAGGAGCCCACAGAGGAAGAGACCGCACUCCACAAUCCCAUAAUGCCCACUGUGGUGCGACCUCCAAAGCACGCCGACCCUGAAGCCAAUCAGAACAACCUGCUCACUCAGAACAUGGAGUUAUCUGAAUUAUCAACUUGUGAGAUCGGUAUCGUGCGUCAGUUCCCCUUCUCCUCGCUGCUGCAAAGGAUGAGUGUGGUGGUCAGGAGGUUGGGGGAAAAACACAUGCACGGCUACUUGAAAGGAGCGCCGGAGAUUGUGGCCAGCCUCUGCAAACAGCACACAGUCCCACAUAGUUUUGCAGAGACUCUGGAGACUUACACCAGGCAGGGCUUCAGGGUCAUUGCCCUGGCUCAUCGACAGCUGGAGUCCAAACUCUCCUGGCACAAAGUCCAGAGCCUCAGCAGGGACCUGAUAGAGACCAACAUGGAGUUCCUCGGUUUGAUCAUCAUGCAGAACAAAAUAAAGCAGGAAACUGCCGGGGUUUUACGUGAAUUACGACAAGCUAACAUCCGCACACUGAUGGUCACAGGUGACAACAUGCUGACGGCCAUAUCAGUGGCUCGAGACUGCGGCAUGAUCCGUGCACACGAGAAGGUCAUUAUAGCAGAUGCUGUGCCUCCUAAAGAUUUACAGUCUGCUAGUAUCACGUGGCAUUACAGAGAGAAUCCCGCUCAGACAGUCAAAGACAAUCAGAGCGUGGAGAUAAACCUGGAGGAAGGGAUGUGUGACAAGCGUCAGGCUCUGCAGGAACAAAGCUAUCACUUCGCUGUGAGUGGCAGAGCCUUCGCUGUCAUCGCUGAGCACUUCCCUCAACUCGUCCCAAAGCUCGUGCUGAGAGCCUCUGUGUUUGCACGCAUGGCUCCAGACCAGAAGACUCAGCUGGUGGAAGUCCUGCAGAGCAUCGACUACACUGUUGGGAUGUGUGGUGAUGGUGCUAAUGACUGUGGAGCUCUGAAGAGAGCUCACAGUGGGAUUUCUCUGUCCGAGCUGGAGGCCUCUGUUGCUUCACCCUUCACCUCCUCCACCUCGAACAUCUCCUGUGUCCCCAACCUCAUCAGGGAGGGUCGAGCCGCCCUCAUAACAUCAUUCUGUGUGUUCAAGUUCAUGGCUCUCUACAGCAUCAUCCAGUACCUCAGUGUCACCCUGCUCUACUCGAUCCUCAGCAACUUGGGAGACUUCCAGUUCCUCUUCAUUGACAUCGCCAUCAUUCUCAUCAUUGCCUUUACAAUGAGUCUGAACCCGGCGUGGAAGGAGCUGGUGUGGCGUCGCCCCCCGUCCAGUCUGAUCUCCGGCCCGCUGCUCUGCUCGGUUCUGACCCAGAUCCUCACCUGCCUGGUCUUCCAAGUCCUGGCUUUCCUCUUAGUGCGACAGCAGAGCUGGUAUGAGAUAUGGACACCUCAGUCAGACGCCUGUAACGUUUCCAGCUCGAGUCUCUCUCACAGCCAGAACGUAACCACUCCUCACGACCACAAAAACAUCAGGAACUACGAGAACACCACCCUCUUCUACGUCUCCUCCUUUCAGUACUUGGCUGUGGCCAUCAUCUUCUCCAAGGGAAAGCCAUUCAGACAGCCAAGCUACAAGAACUGGCCGUUCAUGCUGUCCUGCAUCGCUCUGUAUAUGUUCCUCCUCUUCAUCUUGCUGCAUCCUGUUCCGGCCAUCGACAACUUCCUGGAGAUCGUGUGUGUUCCCCACGACUGGCGCAUUACACUGGUGGUCAUUGUCAUAGUGAAUGCGGCUGUGUCUUUCAUGCUGGAGAUUUUGAUCCUUGACAUCAUCUUGUGGAGGCUAGUUUUCAGAGGCAGUCAGGGGGCAAACCGCCCCACAGAGUCCGGCUCUGCUGCCACACCUCAGGUGGCCAAUGACCGCUGGGCCUCGUCCUUCCUCUCCUGGUUGUUCUGUCGGAGAAACAAGCCUCCAAGGGUGCGCUACAUGCACCUGGCCCUGGAGCUGCAGGACGACUCCGACUGGCCCCCCAGACCCUCCACGGUCACCUACGCCAGCGAUCCACAGUCCCCCAUCUCAGCCCCCCUCUGACACCAACGUGACCAACGAGCAAACUACUGCACAGACUAAAUCUAAAGCCCCCGACAAGCCUGUAUGUUGAGUGAGCACGAGUCAGAGAUGUUACGGAUGGUGAGAUGAUUUUAUUUAGGAGGUGGACCCUAACGGAUGCCAGCUAACAAGCCUUCAUGAAGAAGAGGAAUCCUGUUUUGAAUGACUGAUACUGUGAGCUGCUCAUACAUAAUGUUCUCUUCCAUUUUGAUUCAUCAAGGUCAUCAGAAUGGACAAACUUCCAGCACUUGGAUUUUAGUCGUAUUGUCGUAACACACUGCUGAAACCUGAGCCAGAGGCCUCUGUUAAAGGAAUAGUUCAGUGUUUUCGGAAAUACUAUGCAUUUUUUUUUGCUUUCUUGCAGAGAAUCAGAUGAGAAGAUGGAUACCACUCUCAUGUACUUAUGGUAAAUAUGAAAGUAGUGACAGCAAGCGGUUAGCUUAGCUUAGCUUAGCUUAGCACAAAGACUGUGAAAAGUGUCAAACAGCUAGCCUGGCUCUGUCCAAAGUUAAAAAUCUUUACAAUCUGUAUUUAAAGGGCCCGCAAAACGAGCCGACAUGUCAGCCAGUGUCUUUGUGCCAACUGACCACAAGUACUGUAUAAGUAAGCUACAUGAAAUCUUUUAAAUUAGCAACAUUAACAUUACUGACUGAGUCACAUCAAGUUGUCAAGCAACAACAUUUUGCAUGCUAUGGAGCUAGUUAGCAUGCAAUUCCCUCCUAUUUUCACAAAAGAUAUUAUAGGCUACUCUUUACCAACUCACCUGGAACAUCUACAGUGUCAGACACCUUUGUCCAUGAUGCAUCUUUUAUUAAAUUUAAGUCUCUGGAAGCAAGCAGGGACAUGAUGUAAAGGACGGGGAAACAUGCCACUGCAAUUAUCAGUGUCUCCUCCUUUGUGCUUGGGAAAAGAUGUUUGAUGGAAACAACAGAUUACACGGUUGUGUUCUCUAGUGUUCUCCAGAGCAGAACACUGAACCGCGUCAUAGCUGAUUAACAUAAAGUUGCCCAAGAUGCGCUGCUAACAGGCAUACCACUGCUCGCUGCCAAGAGAUGCUGGCUCACGAAGAAAAUUAAUGACUUCUGCUUUCACCACGUUUUACCUUGCAGGUUUUAUCUAUACUUAAAGUCAAGGGUAAAAAUUACCUAUGGUUUUAUGGGUGGUUAAGUCUCCGCUGGUUACCUGGCAGCCUCACGGUGAUGACCACGCUCCAGGCUAGCUGCUCCUCCUGUUUUCAGGCUCUUUGCUAAGCUAAGCUAAGCUAAGCUACCUGGCUGCUAGCUGUAGCUUCGUAUUCAGCCGUCAGCUGAACGCUAACGCUCAGUGUAUUUCCCAAAGUGUUGAACUACUCCUUCAGUACGACUGGAUGUUUUAUUGUACUUCAUUCCAAUGGCAAACAAAAUGCAACUACUACACUGGACAGUGAGUAUGGUAUAAGUUUGUUUUUUUCAUUAUCCGAUCCAAUAUCUGAACCAAGUGAGAGGCACAUUCUUUGGCGUUUUGACAUCAGACACAGAUACAGUAUCCAGCUGCUGCUUUUCUCCUUCACUUGUCACUGUUAAAAGCACUGGAUGAAUCUUUCCACUGCUGCUAAAAUAUAAAAGUUGUAAAGCAGUUUGAGGUCAUAUGGAUUCAAAGAAACAUGAGGACUUAUCUGUUUUUGCAGUUCUGUGAAUAUGACUGAUACUGUUGUAUUUCUAUGACAGAAAACAUUCCACUGCUGCAUUUCUGUCUUAGAGUUGCUUCGCUGAAAUUCUUCCUGUGGAAGAGAGAAGCAGAAAUUUGUGUCCCUUUUUAAAAAAAAAAAGAAAAAGAAAAGUACUACCAGUACUGCAAUAGAAUCAAAAUGAACCAUUUCGUUAUCCCUCGGAUGCAUUAUGAAAUGUUCUUUUACUCAAUAUAUGAAUUUUGUUUUUUUCUUUUUUUUUUUAAUGCAGGUUUGGCUUAAUUACACCAUUUAACAUUACUAAGGUACUGUUCAGAGGUGAUGAUGUUUUAAUUGAUUAAACAAAUUAAACAAAACAAAUUAAUCAAAAUGAAUCUUCAAUUUUCAAUCAAUUAUUUUCAAAAUAGUUGAUUUUAACGUUUGAUUUUUAUACAAUACCUUUAGGUAACCGUUUACAGCUGUUGUACACAGCAUAUUUUUGUAGUUAAGUGUACAAAAUGAAAUAAAUGUGAAAAUAGAAAAGAAUAAUCACCAAAAUGUCUCCAUUAUUACUAUAAAAAAGAGCAAAGUUUUUAAGGGAAUGUUUUUCAAAAUUGCAAUAAACUUAUUUUCGUAUUUCUACAACGUCACAAAAAUGUUUUCAGUUUAUGUCAACAAAUAUCCCGGUGUUUGCUCUGCAGAACUCCCAUUACAUUUCCCAAUAAAUCUGUAUAUUAA